UUUGUUCAAGAUAUCAGAGAUGGACCGAUUCAUCCAUCAACAGCUGCUGGGAUUGGAAUGGCCUAGGUCUGAAAGUACCACAUCAGAUCAUAUUACUUUCAAAGAUCACGAGAAUCCCGACCAAGCAGAAUCAGCAGGAAGGAAAACAUCAGAUGAUAAUGGAUUUGAAAAGGAUGCUAGCGGUACUCAAAAAAGGAAAGUUCUUCUCAUGAACAAGAUUUUGAAAGCAGUCUCCAACUCCUCUGGGUUUUUGCUGGAGGAGCGUUUAUCUGAGCUGUUGGAGCCUUACACUGAAACUGACAAAUUACUCGUGAAAUUAGACAACAUCUUCAAUGCAUUAGGAGUGAAAGAUGUGAAUGAUGUGUCCAUCCUUUCAAAUUAUCUUGACCCGUACUUGGAGUGCUCAACCUGUCAACUUGGACAACAAGUGUCAGAGCAGACCAGCGCAGAGCAGCAUUUAGUAACGAGCUCUGUUGAAAGAGGUGAUGGUGUCUUGAUGGACACCCAUACAAGCAGUGAACGAUCAGAAGAUCAGUCUGGUAUUCUCACACAGAUAAUGAACAGGUCACACAGCAGUGAAUAUGGUUCAUGA